AUGGCUGCCGUUCUUCCAUCGGACGACAACGGUUAUUUCACUGUGUCCGGCCGGCAACGCUCACAUUCUCAUUCCGACUUCAUCUCUUCGACUUCACCAUAUUUCACCUCUUCUCACCUGAGCGACCAUUGCAAGCCUGCUUCUAAGUCUUACGCUGAAUCCAACUCAUCAUCUGCUCCCUCGUCUCCCCGUACCGUCCACGCCGACUCGGUCGAACUUGCUUACGCAUCUACUCGUGUCAUUAACCUCUCUAUUGCCUCCGACUACGACCACACCAGUGGUUUUGCUGAAUCACCCGAAGGUCACUUCAUGCUUCCAUUCUUUGCGCAGAAGAAGCUCUACGUCCACCCAGAGAUCCGUACUGAUAUUCACACCGAUGACAACCUAGAGCCAUCCCCCAAUCCCCGAAUAGGCGACUCUUCUACUGUCUCUCCUGCAGAACGCGAGAACUCUGGUGAGGCUUCUGAUAGUAGAUCAAGACCCGAAACACCAGAGCACGAAAAAUUCAAACACGCAGAGGACGAUACUGCAGUCUCAAGUAGGCCGUCGCGCCAAGUCGAUUAUCUGUCCCAUGAAUGGAAAGAGGAAGAUAUCUGGUCCUCAUGGCGAUACGUUGUAACACGGAGGGGGGAGUUUCCCAACAGCACUCGACUGGAAAAUGCUUCUUGGAGGGCAUGGAUGAAGGCCAAGAACAAGCUCAAGGCCAUCUCUCCCGAAUCGAUCAAUUGGCUCAAGGACUGUGAUAUCACCUGGCUCUAUGGCCCUCUGCAGUCUGGACCAAAGAACCUCCACACUACCCACACGGAGCCCUCGAGUGUGGCGCUGUCAAAGGCCGACUCACUCAUCAACCUCAACAAGAAGCCCAUUCAGAAGAAAAGAAGCAUGUCUGAAGUUAUGCUUCAGCGAUCGCUGUCCACGGCCUCAUUAUUGAAGCAAGCCACCGCAGCUGUAAAAGCCCAGGAGACCCGAGGAAUCCUCCGACUCAACCUCGGUCGUUCGUCAACAGACUACUUCGCUUACCCAUUUGCAUCAUGUCGAAUGAGUGGAGAAGGCAGUAGCGUCGCUCCCUCGGUAGAGUCAUCUGGAAUCAUUUCCUCCAGCUCUGAGCGAAAGCAUAUUCAUUUCAAUGAGCAAGUUGAGCAAUGCAUAGCUGUUGAGGAUAAGGGCGAUGAUGAUGAAGAAAUAGUCGAUGACCACUACAGUUUUGAUAGUGACUUGGAUGACGGGGUUAUAAUGAAGCGAGUCAAGACAAAGAAGAAGCCCAUAUCUCGACACAAGACUGUGAAGUCAAAGCCAGCAGCUGAAGGAAAAAUAAUUGCGAUGCUGCCUUCCACUACCCUUAAAUACCGCGAAGGCACUCCUGAGCCGUUCUUUCCCAGAGAGGAAGAUAUUGAUGACAGCCUUAACGAUGCGCUGUUGACCCCCCGCUCAGGGUUGGCGCCACCCCCCAAUGACGAUACUAAUGGCGAUCUGAACAGGUCCAUCUCAUCGGUUAGCCUUUGCGAGGAGCCUGCCGGUAUGCGACGCACCCCGUCCGGUAUGUUUAUGCCUUAUGAGGAAGGCGUAAUGCAAUCCGAGGAUGGCAUAUUUGGCCGCGUUAUUGACAUAGUCAACACUGCUCGUGAUAUUGCCCACGUUAUCUCGAACGUUGGCUGGAGGAAGUAA